AUUAUGCUGCUAGGCUGUUAGCUGCAGCUCUGAGCCUCCAACUCCCCUCACGGGUUUUCCUCUUUAAAUCAAACGCGUGCACGAACGCUCUGGUUUCUUCAGGUCGACGGAGGUUCGCACGUGUCGGUUUAUUAUUUCAAACAUUCGAACUCGGCUCGGUUCGGUGCAAACUCAGCGUCGGAGGGAAACUCGAGGAGCCGCAUCUGGGCGCAUAGUCGUCGCUCGCUAGCAUCCUCGUAGCCAGAGGUGUCAACAGGUCGCCGCUGCAGCAGCCCUGUCCCUGCGGAGGGUUUCAUCUUCUGCGGGUUUUCUGUGCAUGCAAGUGGGGCGUUAAAUGCACGUGUGACGUUAUUAAAGUCCAGGAUGAAGAACGUGUAAUCCCGGGAUUACCUGAGAGGAUGUGACUGCACGGAUCUGCAGCAGGAGGCAGGCGAGUCCGACACUUUCUCUGCAAAGAAAAAUGCUGACAAGUCAUAAAAAGUGACCAUGACCCGGACAGACACAAAAUGGUGAUCGUUUUCCCGUUUACUCCUCCGUUCUCAUGAGACCAGCAGGAAGAUAUGGGCGUCCUCAGACUGGUGCUCAGAAUCAUGGGUAGGAUCAGUACGUUCAGGUCCUAUCAGUUCGUGCUUCUCCUGGCGGCCGCUCUCGCCGUCGUAGCUUUCUACUACUUUGGCUCUGAGAGGCAGAACUUCUCCAGCACCACGAAGAGGAUCAAGCAGAGCCAGGCCAGCCACAACACCAACCGAAACGACGCAGACCUGACCGUGGACACCAGGCUCUCGCACGCGGGGGGGUCUGAGGAGCAAGGAGAUGCAGGAGGAGAGGGUGAGGAUUUCAGGUCAAGAACGGGACCUAGUGAGGCUGAUGACCGACGCUACCACGCACUCAUGAUGUUCACCAAGGUGGACAAGAGCCGGAGCCUGCAGGACAAGUUCCGGGUGGCCAUGUUGUCUAUGGUGGAGCACGGACACUUUCUGGAGGGAGAGGUGUUGGUGCUUCAUUUCGUGAGCGACCAGGCCAGCAAAGAACUGGGAGAGAGGAUGCUGCAAGAGUUUCUCCUCGACGCAACGUUUGAGUACGAGGUGUUGUUUCAUGACGUGGUGGCCCUCACACAGAAGCUCUUCCCUAUCGUGGAGGCCAUGCAGAAGCACUUCAGUGCCGGCUCCGGAGCUUACUACAGCGAUGCCAUCUUCUUCCUGUCUGUGGCCAUGCAUCAUAUCAUGCCUGACAGUCAGACGCGCAUAGUUCAGCUGGACCUGGAUCUGAAGUACCGGACCAACAUCAGAGACCUCUUCCAAGAAUUUGACCGGUUUCCUCCGGGAGCCGUGAUAGGUAUUACCAGAGAGAUGCAGCCAGUCUACAGACACACCUUCUGGCAGUACCGUAAGGAGAACCCUCAGACCAGAGUUGGCGAACCUCAUCCUGAAGGCCUCCCGGGCUUCAACAGUGGCGUGAUGUUGUUGGACCUGGGAGCGAUGAGGGCCUCGGCUCUCUACAACCAGCUGUUGCAGCCCGGUAAUGUUGCCAAACUGGCCGACCAGUAUCGCUUCAGGGGCCACCUCGGCGACCAGGACUUCUUCACCAUGAUCGGCAUGGAGCACCCUGAACUGUUUUAUUCCCUGACCUGUGGCUGGAACAGACAGCUGUGCACCUGGUGGCGGGACCAUGGAUACGGAGAUGUGUUUCAGAUGUAUUAUCGCUGUGAAGGACCUGUUUACAUCUACCAUGGUAACUGCAACUCCCCCAUACCAGAUGACUGAUCUAUGUGCUGCACCGCUGCUGGAAGAGAAAUCCUUUUCCUGCUUGUCGGGAACAAACAUUGUGACUUUUCUGAUAGUGCGCCUCUAGCCACAGACUCUGCCUCCUGCUGGUCAAGGGGCUGGUGAAGACACCUCCACACUUACUACAAGUAUGGCGUUCAUCUGUGUCAAUUUAGAGAAAACAGCUUGGAGUGACAGCACCUCAGAGGGCUGCACUAAUCAUGUCCCGUGGUACAAAGAUGAAGAAAUAUGUGAAUUUCAGUUUCAGGAAGACGUAUCAGCUUCUCAAGACUAAAGAAGAGCUGACAACAUUAUCGGGAUGGAUUUUUCUGCCGUUGAAAACUUAGUAUAGUGGCUAUCCUUUUCUAAAAUAACAGGUAAUCUACCAGGAAUGUGGUCUGGAUUAUCUGUGAUGGGCCAAAGAUGCACUUUGAAGGGUGAGUCCACGUUUUUGUCAGAGCGAGCUGCAUUGGUACCGAGUCAGUCUGGCCCUCGUUCAAAUGAUGGUGGGGUCGUUGUCAAAUUAACUUUUUUUAUUUGCUACCGUUAAAUUGGUGUUUCGGUUGAGGAGAGUCUAAAAGACGGCUCCUUUACACGAGGGAGUGGAAGAUAUCGCACUUCUUAGUUUAUAAUUCACAUUAAUUGAUGUUGCCAUUGGGGCUGGACAGAUUAAUUCAACAAAAUAAUUAGUCACCAAAUAUUUUGUAGUUUUUAUCACUUUAUUUUAAUCGUUAUCAAAUGAUGGUUUGCUGUAGCUUCUCAAUUGUGAGAAUUGAAUACUUAGUAACACAUGACAUGUGACGAAGUUCCCUUUUGGCUCUAGAAUAUUCACAUUUAUGACGUUAUAGAAAGAAUAAUUCACCAAUACAUCAAGAAUAUAAUCAGAGGAUUAAUGGAUGAUGAAAAUAAUUUCUAGUUGUUGCCCUAAUUGCCAACAAAUGUUGAAAUAUCAGUACAUAUAGUCAGCAAAUGUGUUAAUCGCCGCCUAAAAACAAGAGACUGUGCCUGUGUCACUUUAUCUGCCUGCAACACCAGGUGACCCUUCAUCUGGUGCCAUUUGCUUUCCACCCCUGUGGCUCGUGGAAGAGGGAGGGGUAUGUUUAAUAGACGUUGACUCCAAAUUUUUGAGCCAUGUGGGCGCAGGGCACAAACCCUCUGCCGUGGCUCUUUCAAGCACGUCUUCCUGCAGCUUGGAAGAUACGAAGAGGGGGAAAAAAAUCACAUCAGUGGGUGGGGGGGUGGGGUCAAGGUGAUAACGGCUAACAAUAAUGUGACUGAUGGCUGUUGUUAGCGCUCUGGAUUUAUGGUUCAGCCAAGGACAAACACAAACCCACUUUAUUAGAGCACACGUUUCAGAGGGAGGGAAUGUUAUUGUUGUGUUCAACUGAAUAAACGGCCAGAUUCUAAAGCAUGUAUACACUAAACAUUCAGUCUGGAGAAUGUUUGAGGUGGUGCCCAAUUAGGCACACACACACACACACACACACAGAGUGACAGUGAAGCUGCUGAAUAUCCUGUGGAGUCAAAGUUAGGCUACUGACGACACUUGAGAAUAAACAUCGCUCCAAAUCAAUACGCUUCCCUUCAAUUCACACUCAAACUGAUCAGUAUUGUUUCAGUAUUUGUGUGUGAAUGCUGACAUUUUUUUUUAUCCUCCAUUCGUGACUGCACUUUACAAAUUCAAAACACACGCUUUAUUGCGAAGAGUUUAGUACCAUAGGUUGCAUUUAUUGAUAAUGACUUUUUGUUUUACAGAUAGUGUUUUUGUACAUUUUAGCCCAUGACUGUUACUCUAAAGUUUACACUGUAUCCUUUUGAUUGAUACCCGACUCAAUAACUCUGUUUCUUUCACAACGGAAACUGCAGAAUAGUAGUUGCUCGUGAAAAGUAAAGAUGCUGCAUCUCAGCUGCACGUUUGGAAAACCAAUGUUUCAUAGUUGCGCACUCAUGGACAAAUAUACAUUCAUUGAAAGUAAAGUCAUCUUCUUAACAUAUCAAAAUUAUCCUGAAUAUUAACACUUGGAACGUGAGUGUGAUAAGAAAAUUAAAUCUUAAAGAUAAAAUGUGUUGACGUGUGCUAUGACAUUUUGGUUUGGUCCAUGUCCCAUCCACUAACAUGAAGAAGCGGGAUUAUGCCAUAGACUGCAGUCAGCCACCAGGGGGAGAUCAGGAGUAUUUGGCUUCACUUUUUGGGGAGCUGUGAUGUCAUCCAUCUUUAGCUACAGUCUGUGGUUGGCAAUCAUGGGAAAUAUUGCUGUCUUGUAGCUAAUGGGCUAAAAUGUGCAAAAAACACUAAUGUCAUCAUUUAAUAGUUAAUUAUCUGUCUACUUCCAGCUUUGUGUUUUUCCUUCUUGCUUUUAUGUGCACACACACUCUCCUGUGUAUAACAUGGGGUAGUGACAAUAGGUAGAGAUUUAAGAUGGAGGGCGACAUGAAUGAAUAGGUGCAACUUAAUAAAUGUGCUAAAGGUAGUAUCCUUGUUUCAACCCAUCAGUCACAUGUUUUUGUGAAAUGGUAUUUUUAAAGGGCUCAUAAAUAUUUGUUUACUAAAUGGGUUUGUCUCAUCUCUUACUCAGAAUUCACUUGAUUAAGAAAGAUGCUGUGUUAAAAACUCCAAGUAGCUUGAUAUGAUCUUUUUAUAGUCGAGCUUCCUGGUUUUAUAUCUUCUAUAUGUGUCCCAAAUCAGUGACAUGAUGAUUUUCAUGUUGUUUCCUAAAAAAAUAAAAGACAAACAAAA